AUGGUGCUGAAUUCCGACGCACCUUGUUUUGUGAAGACGAUUACACGGGCGAUGACGGAGAGAAAUGACCGACUGGUAAUUCCUAUCGAAUUCAUCAACAAACACGGCAAUAUGCUUCAUUCAGUGAUCUCGUUGACAGGACCCAACGGCUGUCCGCUGCGUGUGAUGCUCAAAGUGAGAACCUGCGCUGGAAGGGAUGGCCGACUAAAUGUCAGCGUUUUUAUGGCUCAUGGAUGGAAAUACUUUGUGACGGAGAAUUGCUUACAGAUGGGCGACCGGAUCAUUUUCCAGCUGGUAGCAAGGUCAAGAUUUCGUGUCCUUCUCUGUGCCCAACCACACGAGGAGGCGGUGUUCGGAAACCUCAUUUCGUCCAGCAAAGACCAUGAAAGUCAGCUUGACAGCCCCUCUGUAAUCUCAGAAGCUCCUCCGCUGCCGGAGGUUACAUCUAACCAAACGAGCUCACUAUCUCCUAGUAGAAUCAACCUGAACGCAGUAGAAAACUGCUUGAAUGCGGAGCCGAUGCAGUGGACCUAUUCUGAGAGAGCGAAGAUCAAAUCCGUCGAAGGAAUAAAUCCGCUUCUCCUGUCAAAAGAUAUUUGCCACAAUUCACUAGGACUCAAUUCUGCGAUCAAUUUGAACUCCAGAUACCCACAGUUCACGAAGAAGCUAACAGGAAUCAAUGUUCCCCAGAAAGGUGCCGGAGACGACUUACGGCUGGAAUUGCCAUCUCAUUUCGUGCGAGCGCACGGCGACAGAUUUCAAGCGAGCGUGUUUCUUCUUGGGCCAGGGUCUAAUUUCGUUGUUGUGAAACUAAGCGUUAGAGUAAACGGUAAUGGGAACAGAGUGCAAUUUCGUGGAGGGUGGAAGGAAUUCUCAAUUGCACAUGGUUUAAAAGUAGGUGACGUGCUGCUUUUCUCCCUCAUAGGGCUGUCAAAGACGCACAUGCCGACGAGAGACGCUAACAUAGAAAAAUCACAACACGCAUGGACAGUUUCAGAGCACGGGUCUAGCAACUCUCAGAAGAGCACACAAUUAGGCUGUGAAGCGCUCAUCGCGUGA